AUGGAGAGCGACUCGCUCCCUCCUCCGCCGACCUUCAGCCCGGCCGUGCCUCCCUUCGGAACAUCCGUGUGUCAGGUGACUAUAAUCGGAGCGACGGUGAUCUUGCUGUACUUGUCCCGUGCGUGUUACAACCUAGUGGUGCUGGCACUGGCAAAAAUCAAGAGCAUCAACUCAUUCGACUACGACUGGUACAACGUAUCAGACCAGGCAGAUCUGAAGUCGACGUUGGGCGACGCUGGAUAUGUGGUUUUUGGGGUGAUCCUGUUUGUUUGGGAGCUGCUGCCCACUUCACUGGUGGUCUUCUUUUUCAGAGUCCGUAAGCCAGCUCAGGAUCGAAGUGUGUCAGUGAUCCCUGGCCACAUGUUCUCAUCUAGAGCUUAUUUCUUUGACAACCCGCGGCGUUACGACAGCGAUGAUGAUCUCGCGUGGAGUAUCAUCCCACAAAACAUUCAAGCCAGUCUUACGCCGGACAGUUAUGAUUGGGGUAGUCAAAACAACAGUUUCACUGCAUACGUCGAAGCUGAAGAGUCUCAUCUAGCGCCAGAGGAGUUGAAUCCCUAUUAGAACAUUCCCAAUGAGGAGUGGUAUUAUUUUGCACAUUCCCCAUCUCUGAUGGGAAAUAUUACAUACCACAGAUGUCUUUACCAAUAUUUAUUACGGUAUUUCAAUAUAAUACGACAGUGUGGCUCUGGAAGCAAAACCACCAAUCAGUUUCUCCAAAAAGAAAUAGAUUCUUACCAAUAAUGUGAAAUAUUAAUUUACAAGUAAAUGUGAUUUCUAAUACACUAUCCAGAGAUUAAUUAGAGAAAUCACUGUUACAAUGGAAACGGUUCCACUCAAUCCCAUGAUUCAUUGCAAAUUAAUUAAUCGAGUCC